GAAGGAGGAGAUAGAGAAGGGUGGAAACAGAGUUGAGGGCUAAUGAACACGAUGAGCAACCCAUGUGGCGGCUUCUUGCUUCGGCUUUUGUAUUCUACUGCUUCUGCUCUACUCCUGGCAGUGGCUGCUGCUCAAGAUGGCUUCCUCAACAUCGACUGCGGACUUCCGGCCAAUACAACCUACAGAAGUGAAACCACUCUCGAGUAUGUCUCCGACAGUAAAUACACAAGCAACGGGUUCGAGAAGCGGCUCGACUCUGUCACCCCCAACGAUGCGCCAACGAUCUACCGGACUCUUAGAUACUUCCCUCGUUACAAGAGGAACUGCUACAGUCUGUCUGUGAUACAGGGCACCAACUAUCUGGUUCGGGCAUCCUUCAUGUAUGGCAACUAUGACGGAGCCAACACGGCCCCGAGCUUCGAUCUCUACCUUGGAGUUGAUCUUUGGGAUACCGUCAAGCUAGACAACGCAACUCAUAUGUAUUGGACGGAGAUUUUCAGCAUUGCAACAACCGGAACCAUGAGCGUGUGCCUUGUCAACACUGCAAUGGGCGUGCCCUUCAUUUCUGGCUUGGAACUCCGUCCUCUCAGUGGUGCCGAUGGUUACAAAGAGCAUUUCAUGAAUGACAAUUCUUCACUUGUUACCUUCCAGAGAAUAGAUGUUGGAGGAGCUGCACAAGUGAGGUUCCCCGCCGAUCCAUACGAUCGUCUUUGGACACCAAGCUCUUCCCGAUACGGCACUCCUGUCAGCAUCGCUGUGACUCUAGAGAGAGGCGAUGAAACUCGGCUCUUUCUGCCGCUUGCAGUGAUGCAAACCGCAGUCGCCUCCUCGAAUCCCAUACUCGUCACUUGGUCAGGUGAGCCCUCUGAUAGCUACCAUUUUGUCUUGGGAUUUGCUGGGUUGCAACCGUCGACGGGCAGGAGGACCUUGAUAGUAAAGUUGGACGGUAACGACUUUUACAAGCCCUUCAGCUUUGGCUACGGUGGCGUGUACACCGUGUACUCGACCUUGCCUCUCCCGGGUGCCGGCCAGCACUCUUUCACGGUGGAGGCCAACGAGGGUUCAGAUAAUGGCCCCAUCCUCAACGCCUUUGAGAUCUACAAGAUCGUCCAGCCCCGUGGCGCCGCUGCAACUUUCCCUGAAGAUGUUCUUGCUAUCAAGGCCGUGCAAGAUUACUACCAGAUAAAAAAGAAUUGGAACGCCGAUCCAUGCUUACCUCUCGAUGCUCCUUGGGAUGGCUUGACCUGCAGCCUUGACAAUCAGUCGUCUCCAAGAAUAGAAGCCCUGGAUCUGUCUAAUGCUGGACUAAGUGGUGCAAUUUCCUCGCAUCUUUCGCAAUUAACAGCACUCAGAAAAUUGAACUUAUCAAUGAACAAUAUUAAUGGAUCUUUGCCAUCUUUUCUAGCAGACUUCCAGUACCUGUCCGAUAUAGAUUUUUCGAGCAAUAAUUUGUCGGGAUCAAUUCCGAGUGCCUUGAAGGAAAAGGAGGCAACUGGGCUUACAUUGAGGAUCGACAACAAUCCCCAGAUAUGCCAACAAGAUCCCUGCAACCAGGGAAAAGCAAGUGAUAACAAGAGAAAUUUGAUAGUUAUAAUCUCAGUGGCGUCUUCGUCAGUUGUGGCUGUAGGUAUAAUACUGUCAAUAUUGGCGUUCAUCACGGUCAACUCAAAGAGAAAAAGGCGAGACAAUAAUCGAGAGCGAAGAACUUCACAAGCUAGUGGAAAAAUCUGCAGUUUCACAUACGAUGAAGUUGUGGAAAUCACUAAUAGCUUUGAAAGGGUGAUAGGCAAAGGGGGAUCCUGCAGUGUCUUUUAUGGCCGACUUUCGGAUGGCCGAGAAGUUGCGGUUAAAGUAAUGACCGGAAAGUUUUCACAAGGAAUCAACGAGUACACUGCCGAGGUUGAGCUGUUAAUGAAAGUUCACCACAAGUGUUUGGUAUCUUUUGUUGGGUUCUGUGAUGAAGAUCAGAAAAUGAUCCUGGUCUAUGAGUACAUGAAGAAAGGAGAUCUGCAGAUGCUACUUUCAGAUGAAACAGGGACGUCAGAUAUACUGGAUUGGGGACAAAGACUACAAAUUGCUCAUAGUGUUGCAAUUGGAUUAGAAUAUCUGCACUCAGGAUGCAGACCAUCAAUAAUACACAGAGAUGUGAAGACAAGCAACAUCUUGUUGAACGACAAAUUGGAAGCAAAGCUUGCAGACUUUGGCCUGUCCAAGAUCCCCAUCACAGAAGAGAUAUCGCAUGUGUCAACCGUAGUUGCUGGCACACCUGGAUACAUAGACCCUGAGUAUUAUGACACAAACCAACUUACAGAGAAGAGUGAUGUGUAUAGUUUUGGAGUUGUCCUCUUUGUGCUCAUCACAGGCCGGCAUUCUGUAUUCAUUCAAGAAGCACAGAGACUCCAUAUUGUCAAAUUUGUGACAGCCAAAAUCAUGGAUGGAGAUCUUGCCAGCAUCAUCGACCCUAGGUUGCAGGGCCAAUGUCAUAUCAACUCCGUAUGUAGAGUUGCAGAAACAGCAAUUGCGUGCACAUCAGGGAGAGGCAUCACAAGGCCUACCAUGACUGAAGUUGUGGGUGAGCUGAAGGCAGCCAUGGACGCUGAAAUUCGACGAAUGGAAAGCAAAAGGCAACCUAUGGAAUUGGAGUCCAGAUUACUGUCAACUGGUCCAGCUGAGACGGACAUGGAUUCUUUCUAUCAUCCUUCAGCAAGGUGAUGAAAAAUAUAGGUGCAAGCGUCUAUUUCCCAAGCUCCCUGUAAGAAUUGUUCAUGUGGCUUGAUCAACUUUAUCUAUUGUCAGUCUUUUGUGUCA